AUGUCUCGGUUUCUUGGAAGUUUGAACAAAGCUAUCCAAGACAGAGUAGAGAUGCAACACUAUGAAGAACUUGAAGAUAUGCUGCAUAAAGCUAUUCUGGUUGAGCAGCAGGUCAAGAGAAAGGGAUUUACACGAGCUAGUGAUGGAGCAGAAUCAAGCAGAACAAGCUAUCAAAGAGAAGGGAAGCAAGUUGUUGUUUCAAAGCCUGAUUCUAAGCCAUUUCCUGCAAUUCAAGACAAAGAGAAAGGGAAAACAGAGGGAUCUGCAUCAAACGCUCAUGAUGUUAAGUGUUAUAAGUGUCUAGGAAGAGGUCAUUAUGCUAAGGAGUGCAUCAAUAGAAGAGCUAUGGUUCUCCUGGACAAUGGAGAAAUUGAGUCUGAAGAGGAGAAGCAAGAAGAAAUCUUAUCUCCUAGACGGAACGGUCGUGGCCGGACAAAUUCGUGGUCGGCCGCUGUGGUCGGACGAGUGAAGGGUUGGCCGAUGUUUCUCGGUCGAGUACGGUGCGUAGCUUUUCGGAUCGGACGGCACCAUCGGCCGUGGUACGCGAGUAAGGACGCGCGGCCGCAUGGCGUUGCUUCCCGGAUCGUGCGACAUGGUCGUGCGCGGCAUCGUCUUGAGUGGGAGUGGCGUGGCCGACCGCGGGACAUUGCUUCCCGGGUCGUGAUGAGUACUCGGCCGGAUGAUUUGAACUUUGGCCGAAGCUUUAGACGGACGGAUUUGAUUUUGGCCGACCGCGUAACAUUCAUUCCUCGGCCGGCCGCUUUGCACGGCUUGGCCGCGGUUCCUCGAUAG